GUUGGCCGUAUACGGUUAUUGCUAUCAAAUCGUUUCCAUAGUAUUUUCAAUGCUAAGUAACGGUUAGCACAAUUUGUACAUCCAUUAACACUAUUCGCGCUGAUGUCAUUGGGCCUAUAUGACACGCGUUCGUCGAUAAUAAUCUGCCACUACGAAGUAGAAUUCGCUUGCGAACAUACCAAUCUUAUAAAUUUCAUCUUCAAGUUAUAUUUUUCUUUGUGAAAUGAAAAUCUUGAUAUUCCUCAUUUUCUUUACAUUCUCGUGUUCUGAACAAAAACCAUUGGAUUCAAGCAAGGAUGCAUCAACGGAGGAAAUACUAUCUGUGAUUCCAAUAGAUUCUGUAAACGAUGUGAAUUAUCAGAAGGUUUCUACCACGCCAAAAAUUAAUAUAGAAUCGAUUCAACAACUUAACAAUAUGUCGGCGAUAUCAGAAACCUUGACCGUCAAUAACAAGAACUCAAAAAUUUCGCCAAAAGCAGAAUCUGUCGCUGUCCAUUCUUCUGCUGAACCAACAACUUCUAGUGAUGAUGAAGUAAAAACUGAGAAAUCAUUCAAUGGGAAUUAUCAAACCACAAAUACGCCGCUAUCUGUUUAUACUAUGAGUAAUGAAGAUGCAGUUGAUGUCAUGCUCAUUUCUGAAAAAGAUUUUACUUCUUCAAUGAAGAUUUUUCCAACUACUGAUAUUACCUCGAAGAACUCUUCUAAUAAUUCUGAAAUUAAUCCAAGUUUGUUUACAUCACUUCCUUCGUCAUUUGCAUCAUCAGAAACAACUGAAAGUGUUAUUCUAGGUGAAAUAGAAGAAGGAUCUACGGAUUUGGAAAUACUGGUGAUUCCAUUAGUUGAGCAACAUAAGUCUAAUAAAUCUAUUCAGUCUGAUAAAUCUAGUGAAUCUGAUGAAUCCGACGAGUCUGAUGAAGCCAACGAUUCCGAUGAACUCGACGAGUCUGACGAAUCUGAUGAAUCUGAUGAAUCUGACGAUUCCAACGAAUCUGACGAUUCCAACGAAUCUGACGAAUCUAACGAAUCUAACGAAUCUAACGAAUCUAACGAAAAUGGUGAAUUUGAAUCGAGCAGUGUAUCAAAUACAGAUGCUCCACAAAAUGAAGUAUUUGAGACUAUCGAUGGCAACCAGAGUCUCAGAACCACAUCAGCUUUAUCUAAUGACGAAAGUGAAACACUUUCUUCUACAGUCCCUCAAGAUUACUCAUUAACUUCAAACCCUAUACCAGAUGACAUACAGGAUGAAGAAAAAGAAGAAUCUACACCGGAUCUGGAAAGCAGUGGAAAUCAAGCCAACAAUUCCACAGGUGGAUCGGAAUUUUUAGUUGCCGAAGAAAGUUCGUAUAGCAGUGCACAGCAUAAUUCUUCUAACGAAAUGAGUUCCAGUGACUUUAAAUCUUUGAAGCAUCCAGGAAGUUUUAAAAAACAGAAUUCUACCAUCACUGAUUCACAUACAAUUAAAAACUUAUCCCGUACACAGGUUUCGUCAAAUAAUGAAAAAGAUUUCUCAAACUUGACAACAAAACAAGAAACUGCAACCACAAGUAAAGCAAGUACUCCGAGCUCCUCCACGACUGAAUCGACAUUAGAAAAAGAGAUCGACGAUGAAGAAUUAUUUAUACAUGAUCUCCUAGAUCCUGCCAUUGUAUUAGCUAAGAGAAGUUUACAAAAUUCAGAUGUUUUCAAGAAUCCAUCAGAUAUCGAAUCGGACAGGAACAUGUACAGAAUACAGGAAACUCAAGCUAUUGGUGACGCUGUAAAUGAAAAAUCUGAAAGAAAGCGAAGAGAUGCAUCCUGGGGUAGUGACGCAGAUUGGUCGGGAAAUGAAAGAAUGACUAGCUGGAGAACUUCUGGCAGCUACAACGAAAGAAGAUUCGACGUCUCCAAAGAGGAUACGAGUGAUUAUCAAGCUCCUUUUAGGCUUAUCCCUGUAUUUUCUGGAUGAAAUUAAUAUUUUACUAGAUGUAUUAUUCAAUGAUUGAUUGAUUGUAUUAUACCUUC